AUGCCCUUGCCUGUUGCUGGGGAUGAUACGAUUCAAAGUUCUGCUGGAACUGCAACGUGUUACGAAGCACCAUCCUUGAACGACACGUCGCCAGCAGUUGAGCACUACCAGUCUGUUGAACCCGACAACGCGCAAGUAAGACUACGCCUACUUCCUGGUUCUCUUCAACCUUCAUUUGUCCAUAAUCCUGUUUCCAUAUUGGAACCACCGUCUCCGUCAACACCCACAGCGGCCUUAUGCGAUAACUCAAGUUCUUUGAGCUCCACCGCAAUUGUUCCAUAUGGAUCAAGAGCUUCGCCACCGGCAUUGUCAAGGCCUGCCUCCCGACCAUGUGACUUUUGCGGGGCACUCUUUGACAACGCCGCCUAUCUCUGUUUUACACCAUUCUCCCUCAAAGCCAUUCCAUUGCGGAAGAAGGACCUGUGUGGCCCUUGGUAG